AUGGGUUCUCUUGAUAACAUCCGUUCCGAAUUUGACCUCAUAGAGACAUGGAUAGUGCCUCAACUAGACAUGAGAUGGGGAUAUGUGGAGUUCAGCUUUACAGGAUACGGCGCCGUCCCUAAUUGGGAAUUAUUAGACGCUACUCAGGAUAAGGCAUGGAUUUGUUCUAAGUUGGAAGAAUUUUGGAGAGAUACAUCUUUUCCUACCACUCCCCCGCCACCAUUGUCGGAGACUAUACGAAUGCUUUUCAACGACUUUUGGAUGUACAACCAAACAUCACUGGUGCUAUUUACCGGAGAUAGAAAUCAAAGCGACGUAGAUGAUGCAGCAUUACAAGUCCAAUACUACAUCGAUAAUAAAAUUGCAAUAGACUUUUCCAUAGUGAUUGUGAACUACGAUCCUACUUACACGACGCAGCUACCGGUAUAUUCUACCCUGCCACCAGCUGAUAGCGCCAACGUUGGAUGUGAAUGUAACUAUGGAACUAUAUGGCUUGAUGUAUUCUUGCUGAUGGAAGCCACAACUUCUAUGCAGUUUGGAAUUGACGGAGCAACUGAAUACAUGGUGUCUGCAUUUACGAAACUGACUGUCGGUCAAGCCGAACAGUACCAGACCAGAUUUGGAGUGAUUCGCUAUGCUACGGAAGUUCAACUCAUCGCCGACUUGGACACCUACAAAUCUACAGCAGAUUUACUUAAUCUUGAAAUAAAAACCUACAACGAUCUUGGCACGAAUAUCGAGGGAGCUCUCAAAAUGGCUACAGACCGCUUUAAGAGCAGUGUUCAUCGCAUCGCCGCACGACCAGUGGUCAUAAUUGUUGGAAAUUCCUACAGAUCUGGAGAUUAUAACGAUCCAUCGCAAGCUGCCGCAAGCUUUCGUGAAGAUGGUGGCACAAUUAUAACUAUCGAGUAUGUCCAAGAACAUGGUUUAGAAGUGCCAUAUCUAAGGUCUCUUGCUUCUCCCAAUUACAACCUUACGAAUGAGAAGAAUGACGGAACACAACUAGUUGCAAACGAUUUGAGAGAUCUUCUUUGCAAGGCAAAUUGCUUCUGCGGAAGGAACUGGCUAGAAUACAAUUUGGACAAGUGGAAUGCACCGCAAGGUGGCUGCUACUACCCUGUUUCAAUCCCAGCUAUACAGUCGUUGGCACAGCGAACAUGUACGCACGAUCAUAAUUCUACGCUGGCACUCGUCGAGGAUUUCGCAAAAGAUUCGUUCUUGAUGUCAAUAUUUCCUUCGAAAACGAAAUUCUGGUUGGGAUUGACAAAUGAUGAUGAUGGCUGGAAAUGGCAGGGCGGAUACUCUGCUGGAUAUACAAAUUGGGGUCCAGAUCAACCAGGAAGUGGUCGCUGUGCUUACAUGCAGCAGUAUUCAGGAUUUAGGUUCGCUUGGUUCUCCGACGAGUGCUCCGACGACAAGUGCUACAUUUGCCAGUCAAAACCGUGCGAUUCUACGAAAUACUGUGAAACAAAUUUCUAG